AUGCACCUAUGUGUAUACGGUGUUCCUGACGCCCUGGCGGCGCAGCCAGCGGCAAAGACGACGCCCCGAGGGGAGCGACAGGUGGCGCUCCCCGCCCCAUCCAGCCGCGGACUCCCUCGGCCUCCGUGCUCGGCCUCUGCCAGGGCGCGGACAAGGACCCUGGACCCGGGAGGGGAAGAAUGGAGAGGAGUGCAGCCUGGCUCCGGGCAGCGGGCGGAGAAAGUGUUCCUGAAGGUCACCCCAAGUGACCUAGAGAGCACGCGGUCCAGCGCCUCCAUCUCUGAGUCGUCCAGGAACCACUCCCAGCUGUUUGCGGCCGCGGUGGGCAACGUGGAAUGGCUGCGAUUCUGUCUGAAUCGGGACCGCAGGGAGAUCCAAAGCGACUGCAAGUCAGACAGGCAACGGCUUCAACCCUUGCACCUGGCAGCCCCAGAAGGCCUGCUGGGCUGCAUGAAGACCCUGGUACAGAGUGGUGCCAAUGUCCAUGCCCAAAAUGCCACAGGCUGCAAGCCCAUCGACUUCUGCAAAAUAUGGAAGCACCGUGCCUGUGCCCGGUUCUUGAAAGAUGCCAUGUGGAAACAGGACAAGAAGGAUUUUGCUUGUGAGAUGAGGAAACUGAAGCGCCUCAAGGACCAGCUGACACUCAUGGAGCAUAACUACCUGCUUGAGUAUCAAAAAGAACACCAACUUCUGAGAGAGGCUGAUUUCAGGAAGUGGCUCCAUCGAAAGCUGCUUCAAUCACCGGUCUCCAACCCUAAGCAAGAGCCUGGUGCCCCAACUUGCCCCAUUGUUCUCUCUGAGACCCCAGGAUCCCAGAUUUCCAAGAGCUUCUACCGCUUCGUGGAGGCCCGCCUGAAAAGCAUGCCUCAGCCAAGGGUGCCACCCAAGCCAGUCUACACCCAGCCUAAAAUCAGUCAGCCCAAGUUGUGGAAUCUUAGCAAUAACCCUACCAGAUCCCAGCCCCUCAGCAUCAGCUGCCCACAGGACAGCCGUCUAGGUGUUCAUUCAGACCCCUGCCAGGAGCACGACUUCUGCGGCUUCGUGGAGGUGACCCGGAACCCACAUGGUAGUGCACAACUGCGCACGGUGGAUAGUCACUGGGUGGCACCUGUACCCCAGCUCCCUUUUGAGGUGAUGGUCUGCAUGCUGCACCCUGGGGUGCGGCCACACAGGAUGAAGGUGCCCCAGGGGAUUUAUGUCAAGAGCAUACUGGAUGUACCCCAGAGGCGGCACUUGAGCCAGGACACCUUCUGGACUGACACUAUGGCCAUGAACCUGCAUGAGACAUUUGAUGAAGCCUUCCUGGCGACCAUGCGAGCUCAUCAAGGGCUCGCUGCCUUGCCCUCCUCUCCAGCCGCCUUAUAAAGAUCCAGACUGGGUGGAGGAAAGCUAUUAUGUCACCCUCGCAAGCAAUUCCCUGCUACUGUGGACCACCACUUCUUACUCCCAGCUGCUACUGAAGUUUCCACAAGGAAGCACAGGCAGCACAUCUGGGGAGAGGGAAGAUCUGCAGUUUUGAUGUGAGACUAUGAAAGCUCCCAUACUUCCUCC